AUGUCACUACCACCGUUAACACCACCGUCGCUCGCAACUUCGUUCACCGCAAAGCCAACACAGCCACCGAUACGGCAGAUUCCGGGAAGUCACGGAUGGCCAUUGCUAGGUCCUCUCUCAGACAGGUUAGACUAUUUCUGGUUCCAGAAGCCAGAAAGCUUCUUCAGAACACGAAUGGAAAAGUACAAAAGCACCGUGUUCCGUACAAAUAUUCCUCCAACGUUUCCGUUUUUCACCAGCGUGAAUCCCAACGUUAUAGCACUCCUGGAUUGUAAGGCUUUCUCUCACCUCUUGGACAUGGAGUUGGUUGACAAAAAAGAUGUUCUGGUUGGAGAUUUUGUCCCUAGCGUUGAAUUCACUGGGAAUAUUAGGGUUGGUGUUUACAGAGAUGUUUCUGAUCCUCAACAUUCUAAGUCAAAGAAGUUCUCCAUGCAAGUAUUGAAAGAAAGCUCAAGCAUAUGGGUACCCGAACUGGUUACAAAUCUAGACAUAUUUUUGGACCAAAUUGAAGCCACAUUGUCCACAUCUUCAUCAGCAAGUUACAUGUUCCCGCUACAACAAUUCUUGUUCAAGUUCCUCUUCAAAGUCCUUGCUAGAGCCGACACUUCCCUCGACCCGAAAAUCGCAGAAUCCGGCUACUCCAUGCUCAACAAAUGGCUCGCGCUUCAGCUUCUUCCUACUAUCAGUAUUGGCAAAGUGCAACCCCUUGAAGAACUCUUUCUUCAUUCCUUUUCUUAUCCUUUCUCUCUUGUGAAAGGAGAUUACAACAACCUCUACAACUUUGUUAAGCAACAUGGUAAGGAAGUGGUAAAAUGUGGAAAAGAGUUUGGAUUGAAUGAAGAUGAAGCAAUCCACAACUUGCUUUUCAUUUUGGGUUUCAACUCAUAUGGUGGAUUUUCAAUUUUCCUUCCAAAGUUGAUAAACACCAUAGCGAACGACUCAACCGGUUUGCAAGAGAAGCUAAGAAAGGAAGCAAGAGAGAAAUGCGGUUCAACUCUCGGGUUUGAAUCGUUGAAAAAUUUGGAGCUAAUUAACUCAGUGGUUUACGAAACCCUGCGGAUGAACCCGCCAGUUCCGCUUCAGUUCGGUCGAGCCAGAAAGGAUUUUCCGCUCAGUUCAAAUGACUCGGUAUUCAAUGUAAAAAAAGGUGAGUUAUUAUGCGGAUAUCAGAAGCUUGUAAUGAGGGAUCCGGCGGUGUUUGACGAACCGGAGAGUUUUAAACCGGAUCGGUUCACUAAAGAGAAAGGGGCCGAGUUGUUGAACUAUUUGUAUUGGUCUAAUGGACCGCAAUCUGGUUCGCCAAGCGUGGCCAAUAAACAGUGUACCGGUAAGGACAUUGUGACCUUCACUUCAGCCUUAAUUGUGGCACACUUGCUUCGUAGGUAUGAUUCAAUUAAAGGAGAUGGUAGUUCCAUAACUCUCUUAUCAAAGGCCAAAUGA